AUAGGGACAUACAGCUAUAGGGACAUACAUCUAUAGGGACAUACAGCUAUAGGGACAUACAGCUAUAGGGACAUACAUGGGGACAUACAUCUAUAGGGACAUAGAUGGGGACAGCCAUCCACCCAUAGGGACAUACAACCGUGGGGACAUCCAUCCAUAAGGACAGCCAUCCAUCCAUGGGGAUAUACAUAGGGACAGACAGCUGUAGGGACAUACAUGGGGACAGCCAGAUGUAGGGACAGCCAGCCAUCUAUAGGGCCAUACAUCCAUAGGGACACCCACUUAUAGGGACAUCCAUCCAUCCAUGGGGACAUCCAUCCAUAGGGACAUACAACCAUGGGGACAUCUAUCCAUAAGGACAUCCAUCUGUAGGGACAGCCAUCCAUGGGGACAUCCAUCCAUCUAUAGGGACAUCCAUCCAUCCAUGGGGCUAUACAUCCAUCCAUAGGGACAUAUAUCUAUAGGGAUAUCCAUCCAUCUAUAGGGACAUCCAUCCAUCCAUAGAGACAUCCAUCCGUAGGGACAUCCAUCUACAGGGGCAUCAUCCAUAGGGACAGACAUCCAUCUGUAGGGACAUCCAUCCAUCCAUGGGGCCAUACAUCCAUCCAUAGGGACAUACAUCUAUAGGGAUAUCCAUCCAUCUAUAGGGACAUCCAUCCGUAGGGACAUACAACCAUGGGGACAUCAUCCAUAGGGACAUUCAUCCAUAGGGACAUCCAUCCAUCCAUCUAUAGGGCCAUCCAACCAUUGGGGUCUGCAGCACACAAUGGAUGCACAUUGUGGAUGGCCAUUGUGGUGCAGAGCCCUCCGGGUGUGGGGAACAUCCGUUAUGGGAUCAUCCCCCCACGGGGACGUCCACGAUGAUGAAACCCAGCGUGGGGACGCUGCCCACAGGGGAUGGACAUCCUGGGAACGGAGACGUGGUGGUGGGAGGGUCGUGAGGGUCCAGCCCUGAGUCACGUCCUGUGGGGACAGUGACACCAUUUGGGAAGUGAAACGGCUGCAGGAAAACACGCGGCCGCCCCACACACCCCACACACGCACAUCCCCGUCCAGCGUGGCGCAACCACGGGGCAGCCACCAGGGCUGGAUGUGGUGCCCUAUAGGACGGCAAUGGGGAUGUGGGGUCUGAGCGGCAGGAAGCCCAAGUGGACAACAUCCCUAAGACAGCAAUCAGAGGGAGAGGGACGUGUGGGGUCAGGCAGGAAACAGUGGGGCUGGGUGGGGAAAUGGGGCAGCGGCAGCACUUACACCACCGGCCCCUAUAGGGGAAUCUGGCCUCGCUGCAGCCCUGACGAGAGCUGGCGUCAUCGGGGGCACUGGCGGCCAUGGGGCAGCCCCAAUGUGUCAGCCAGACCCCGAGCAUUGCCCCACUCUGUGCAUGGCCCCAAAGCAACGCCCUGCUGGGCCCCACACUGAUCCCAACGCAUCAUCUGCUGUGUGGUCCACAACAGCUCUGAAGGGCGGCUCCACUGAGCCCCACAUUGACCCCAAAGCAUCAUCCUGACAAACACCGCUCUGACCCCAAAGCAUGGGUGAAAAGCACACUCAGCUCUACAAUAAGCACGGCUCUAUCGCAUCCCAUACCAACCCCAAACUGUGCCCCAUUGUGACCCCAAAUCACAGCAGCUCUGCGUCUCCUACUGACCCCAAAACAGCCCCUCUGAGCCCCAAAGCAGAAAGCACGCUCUGAGCUCUACAGUGACCCCAAAGCCCCCAUGGGCCCCGCAUUACCCCGCAUUGCCCUGCAUUGCCCCGCAUUGCCCCGCAGCCAGCAGCACGGAGGCGGCGCCGGUGCCGCGUUGCAGCAGAUAACGAAACUCGGCAAUCUCCGACCGUUGCGAAACGUGGAAAUCCCGCUGGGUGCCGCUUCCUUCCAGCAACCCUUCAAAACCCAGCGCUCCGCAGCAGCGCUCACAGCUCCAAAGGCAGCAGCAGCAGCAGCAGGAGGAGCAGGAGCACCCACAGCACCCACAGCACUGCAGGCAGCCUCACCCUCAGCUCCCAUUGAGAGCACAGAGAUGGCGUUUGUUCCCGACCUGGACGUGCUGGAGAGCAGCAGCCUCAGCGAUGAGACCUUCUACGGCCCCUCCUGCCUCUGCAAGCAGAAGGUGCGGACGGGAGGACCCGGCGGCUCAGUGGACGUGCAGGUGACGGUGAGGAAGGGACGCGGCGCCCGGAGCUUUCGGCACGCUGCCGUGCUGGUGGUGGCCAUGACCAAACUGCUGCGGAGGCCCAGGAGCAGGGACUUCAAUGACAGCGACCUGAGCGCCCUCCUGGAGGAGGUGUUUGAGCCCGUCACCUUCCAGCGGCUGGAGAGCAGCUACGCCGGGGCGCCCGCCUUCCGCUACACCCGCUCACAGUCCUUCGACAUCUUCGACAUCAACCAGAAGUGCUUCGUGCUGGAGUCACCCACACAGCUGGUGGCCCUGCACCUCCAGGGGCCUUCCUCCAGCCAGAAAGUGAGGCUCAAUAUCGCUCUGUACCGUCCCCGUGGCCCACGGGGCAGCUCUGGAGCCGGGCAGAUGCCGGUGGCGCUGGGCAUCAAGGGCUACAAGCUGUACAUGUCGUGUGUGCUGAGCGGCGCUGAGCCCACCCUGCAGCUGGAGGAAGCCGAUGUGCUGCGGGAUAUUGACAGCGUGGAGCUGACCCGCUUCAUCUUCUACCGCCUGGACAGCCCGGCCGAGGGCACCACGCGCUUCGAGUCGGCCGCCUUCCCCGGCUGGUUCAUCUGCACGUCCCUGCAGCCCCGGCAGCCCGUGGGCAUCACCAACCAACCCGACCAGGUCAACAUCGCCACCUACAAGCUCAGCGGGCACUAAGUGCCCCCUGCAACCCAACCAAACCCAAACCGGCCCGUGGCUGGUUUCGUGCUGUAUGUACCGAGUACAACCCGCUGCCCCUCCAUGCUGUUCCACGUGGAAUAGCCGCUCUGGGCCCCGUGGGCCCGAGUCACACCGUUAUGUUUCGUUACCUGUUGCUUUUAACUUAUAUAUUUUUUAUAUUUGAUCACAACGUUGUUGUCCCACCCCCCGCGUUGGGGUGGAGCUAUUUAUUGUCUCUCACAAAUAAAGGCUCCCUGUGGAUGUGUGGCUCA